GCCUUUCUGGGCACUAAACACAUCACGCCAGUGAAACGAACACACGUUGUUAGCCCGCGUAGUUCCUUUAUAAUACAACCUGAGAGAUAAGCAUAUCAUUUCGCUGAUGGAGUGACAGAUGUCCUAAUAAUCAUUUUAGUGACAAUCAGUUUGACUAAAAGUUUCAGUUAUAUCGAAAAGUGUUACAUUUACAAAUGCGAUUUUGAGAUAUUAUUGUGAUAACAGUAACAAGGUUUUUGAAGAUUGCCGAUUACCCAGCUGUUUGAUGAAAACCAUAAUAAAUUAAGGUGCAUAACGUACUUUGGAAUGACUAUUCAACUUAUUCACAUUGAGCACCGGAACGAUGUGGAAAACAAUAGUUCUAUAAACAAAAAUUGACAUUUGUCUUCUGCACUUGGAGUCAUUGUUGAAUACAGUCAAUCAAACUCACAAUCAGCAUUUACUAUCUAAUACGUAUUUUUCUGAUCAUCACCCGAAUGACUCAACAAGACUCGUGUAUAGAAACAACGGCACUCGUCAAUCACACAAAGCUAGAUAAAUCAUUUAGUCAAACAUCAGCUAUUUGCGGCCACAGACGUGGCAGUUCUCGUUUACGUAAACCGCGUUUGUUGUAGCACGGUGUGUCGCACGCUCUAUCUAAACACUAUAGAUAUCAAUUAAGCUCAAUUUCAAAAUAGUCAUGGCCUUCAAUAAAGAUGAAAUGCACGCACCGUGCUGGUUAAAUGAGGGGUUUUUCGAAAAAGUUCUGAAACAAUCUGAGAAUGAUGCUGCCUUGACCGUGGCCGCGUGUAAAAUCAUACCCGGUACUCGACCGGGAGACCACUUUGCGAGUAUCAUUUUCCGUGCUAACGUCACCUACAAGAGCCGAGGGAAGGCCAGCGAAGUAUCGUUGGUUAUUAAAACCAUUCCUGAAGACGACGGGCUGAAGCGUGACCUGCUUAAGGAUGGUGUGAUUUUCGAAACGGAAACUAUUAUGUACACUACCGUGGUUCCUGAGAUGCAUCGACUGUUCCGAUCGGUUGGCGAUGACACGGAACUGGGACCGAGGCUUUUGUACUCGUCAAAGGAACCUAAGCUAGUAAUGGUUUUCGAAGACCUGGCGAAACGAAACUAUGGCAUGAAGAACAGUCAGCUUGACCUGCACGAAGCAAAGAUAGCUUACACUAAACUGGCAAGAUGGCAUGCUGCUUCUCUUCAUUUGGCAGACACUAUCCCAAUUAUUACAAAACUGGACAAAGGUAUUGGGUCUAUAACGAAUGAAGAGUUCGAUAAGAUGUGGGAUAAUAACAUUGGCCUGCUAGCUAAGGUAUGCCGUGAGUGGCCAGGAUACGAACACUACGGUGACCGGGUGGACAACCUCAGAAAGGGUAUUAGCCAGAAAACCAAAGAUAUAUACAAAUUCAGUGAAUCGACGCUGUACAAUGUUCUGAAUCACGGAGAUUUUCACUAUAAAAACAUGAUGUACAAAACAGUCGAAGGAAAAACGCAAGACAUUCUUCUACUCGAUUAUCAACUCAGUAUUUGGGGAUCUCCUGCCAUCGAUAUAAUCUACUCGCUAUACAACAUGUGCUCCACUGAAACAAGGGACAACCAUCGUGAUGAGUUGAUCAAAUUCUACUAUGAUGAAUUCGUAGCAUCGCUAAACAAAUUCGGAUACCUUGGAAAGAUUCCUCCGCUAAUCAAUCUUCACGUAGAGAUUCUGAAAAAUGGUCAUCUUGAAACUUUCUUGGCUUCUACUUUUCUUCCAUUUAUGAUGGUGACAUUCGAGGAAAUGAUGGGAGACCAACUAAAUCAGAAUCCUGAUGAAGGCAUCGAAUUGUUUGAUGUCAGCGAUCCUGAAAAGAUGAUGGAGAUGAUGUUGGCCGGUUUCCGAAGGCCAAUAUACGUCGACGCUAUGAAGAAAUAUUUGCCGGUAUUCUUGCACAAAGGUUUGCUGGACCUGUAGAUGAAAGAUUUCAACCUAUUCCUCAGCAUUCCAUCAAGUAAUUAAAAAAAAAGUUGAACGAUUUACAAGAUCCAUCAAGCCUCCAUCAAUGGAACGUCAAAGUUAGUUCACACAAUCGACGGCACGGCAUGGUUUAACGUGAAACGUACGCACACGAAAAAUGUAUUCUGGUUAUACUGCCAGAAAGGAGAAGGAACGUUGAUGUAUCGUACUUAGCAAUUGUCAUUUUAUUAUAUGUACAUAUACCACUAAGAUCAUAAAUAUUCUGCUAAUGCACAAACAUGAUAAA